UCGCAUGAAAUAACAUGUGUUGAUUUUUUUUGCGGACGUAGUUUUAAUUUACUUACGAUCACUUGGGAUUUGGACUUGGUAGAUUUCAAAUACCCUGAACUAGUAAGUAGUAUCUACUUUCUAAAGCUUAUUUUGAGUUUCGAAUGAUGAGAUUUCGUGUGAUUGAUGAUGGAAAGUUCGAAGCUGAUCAGUCAGGAAAAUCAGUAAAUUAAAUUUGAUUGAGUGCAAAGUAAAACUAAAACUGCCUCCUGUUUGUGCAAGGAAGGCAGGCUCAAUAACAAGGCUGCAGUGCAAUCACUUUUUAUAUUUCAAAGCGACAGACGAAACAAACUUCAAGAUGAAAGUGAAGAUGCUAAGUCGUAAUCCUGAUGAUUACGUCCGUGAGACCAAGAAUGAUAUCCAUAGAGUUCCACGAAACUACGAUCCAUCACUGCAUCCCUUUGAGGCUCCAAGAGAGUACGUCCGAGCCUUGAAUGCCACUAAAUUGGAACGUGUCUUUGCCAAACCAUUCCUUGGAUCAUUGGAAGGUCAUACUGAUGGUGUUCAUUGUAUGUUUAAACAUCCGUCAAGUUUGACCACACUGCUCUCUGGUGGAUGUGAUGGGCAGGUGAAAAUUUGGAAUCUUGCGACCAGGAAUUGCUUAAGAUCAAUCGCUGCCCAUAGUGGAUUUGUUAGAGGUGUCUGUACAAACAGAGAAGCUACAAGUAUCUUUACCGUAGGGGAUGACCAGACAGUAAAACAAUGGAGCAUGGAGGCACCAUCUCCUGGGCAACAAGAAAUACCCGUCAAUACAAUCAUUGGAAAGACUGUAUUUCUCUCUAUUGAUCAUCAUUGGGAAGAUGCCAAGUUUGCGACUAGCGGUCAACAAGUGGACAUCUGGGAUGAGCAGAGGACUGAACCACUGCGCUCAUUCACAUGGGGAUCAGACAGCAUCCAUAGUGUGAAAUUCAAUCCUAUUGAGACGUACAUGUUAGCGGGCUGCACCGCUGACCGUAACAUCAUACUGUAUGAUAUGCGAGGAUCUACACCACUACGGAAGUUACUGCUGAAUAUGCGAACUAACACCAUAGCGUGGAAUCCAAUGGAAGCGUUUACGUUCACUGCGGCUAACGAAGAUUACAACCUGUACACAUUUGACAUCAGGAAACUGGACAUAGCAUUAAAUGUUCACAUGGAUCACGUAUCGGCCGUUAUGGACGUGGAUUAUUCACCGACGGGCAAAGAGUUCGUUAGUGGAAGCUUUGAUAAAUCGGUCCGGAUAUUUCCUUCGGACAAAGGUCGCAGCAGGGAGAUUUAUCACACUAAGCGAAUGCAGCAUGUGACGUGUGUUAAAUGGAGUCUGGACAAUCGCUACAUUCUGUCUGGUUCCGAUGAGACCAAUAUUAGGAUUUGGAAAGCUGUUGCUUCAGAGAAACUUGGAAAGUUACACAGGCGAGAAGUAGCAGCGGCCCAGUACAAUGCUAAACUCCAAGAGAAAUUCCAGCAUCAUCCGCAGCUGAAACGAAUUAAACGUCAUCGCCACGUUCCAAGACCCAUCUAUCAAGAGACUAAGACCAUCAGAGUACAGAGAGAAUCCAUCAAGAGAAAAACCCAGAACAGAAGACGGCACAGUAAAAAAGGAGCCGUGCCUCACGUCCCAGAAAGAACAAAAAGUAUUGUCACAGUUGUGGAGUAAAUUGUCAUGUUUUUCUAUAAGUGUUUAAUGUCAUUUCAGCGUAUGAAAGGAAUAUUUUUGCUGCAAAGAAAAAUGCAAACAUUUUAUUUUGUGUGAUGCAAGGUUUUUUUCUUCUUUUUAAGAGUUAAGAAGUGCAAAAUUAAUCUCAUCAUCAUGUCGGUUUCAAGGCAGUUGUCCAGUCUUUUCUGUAGGCUCAUUAAAUUAUCAAUAAAGACACAAUAAAAGUAACAUGUGAAUAUUUCAGCUGAAUACAGAUGUCUUCUAGCUGACAAAACUGCAAAAAACUGUCACAUUAUUUUCACAAGAACGUUGAAUCCAUCCAUGUUUGAACAGCUAGGUGACAGCAGGUACCAACCAAAUUCUCUGGCCACAUAUUAUUAUUCGCGAACGAACACCAACCCUCGGAUAUCUGAGAAACGAUUCAUGCAUAAUUGUUUCUCAGAUUAAAAUGAAUCAGGGUGAAAAAAAACAAAAAAAACAUUUU